AUGUCGCACACGGAAGAAGUGGACCUCCUCAGCAUUGAUGACCCGGUUUCAGCGCUCGAAUUCCUUGGCCACACUGCUAGUUACUUCCAUGCGCUCUGCUUCACCAAGUACACCGCCCCUACCAAGCCGCAACCGCACAGCGAGCAUCUCGCAAUAGAGUACCGACUACAACUUUACCUUGCUUCAAAUAUUGUUAUGGAUGCACUCAAAAAUCAAAUUGUCAUCAAUGAAACCUUCGAAAAUCUCUUAGCACAGGCGAAGAACCCGCAGCACAGGGUCGAUCCCGAAUUCCCUCCCAAAGAAGAUGGAGUCAGCCAGCUAGUCAGCGGGCCAGCCCACUGGAGGAGGCAUGUAGGGACCUCGUCAAUGCCCCCAUUCAAAGAUGGAGGUAAAGACGGGACGGUCCUGGAGGACCUCUCCCCCUGUUGGUUCAUGCAAAAUCACCCACCACCGAAGCAUAAGCCCAUGGUUUCCGCUUCCAUCCGCCGACGCGACGGAAAGGACGGUGGGAUUCCGUUCGUGAGGGCGAUGCGGGAGGCGUUUAGUCUUAUUGGAGCGGUCCUAUACGUUCUGAAUCCCUCGCAAUACGAACAAGGCGUAGAAACGUGGCAGAAGCUGGCGGCGACCAAUUGCGAAGGUUCCGCUCCGAAAUGCGCCGAGCUUAUGGCUGGGGUGUUGAGGAUCUGGGCGUCCCCGUUUACGGUCACCCAGGUCAUCUCAAACCGUGAAACACCCUUCCAUUUUGACACACUCGGAAACCCUAAUUGGUACGAUUGUCUUCUUACCGUCGGGAGAUACGGAGGGGGCAGAUUAGAGUUGAAAAGGGUCGGCCGCCGCUUUAGAUACGAGCGGGGAACUAUGGCCUUCAUUCUUAGCCAGGUUCUUGAGCACGGUGUUGCUGAGGUUGACGGUGAAAGGAUCUGUCUCGCGAGCUUUAUGAGGCCCGAGGUGUUGAAGUACAUCCUGGAGUGGCGCGCGCAUGCCAGUCGACCUGAGACGGUCCAUAGUAUUGAGGAGCGGUUGGGGGUACCAGAGGCGGAAAGACGUGGUAUUUAG